UGACAGUACAACAUCUUGUUUGAUAAGUGAUAGGUGUUAUCAAGUCUGUCAAAAUACUUUGUAUAUUUCAAUUCCCAGCAACAACAACCAAAAAGUAUUAUUACAUUAAUAUUAUGUCAUCAGAUCAAGAAACUGACGUGAUGAUUGGAUUAAAAACUGUAUUAUCGAACAUUGAAGCCGCUGUCGCCAGGCGCAGUGCGAGUUUACCACAGAUUGCACCAAGACUUGUGGCUGUAUCUAAAAUAAAACCAGCUGCUUUGAUUGUUGAAGCCUAUGAGCAUGGGCAAAGGCAUUUUGGGGAGAACUACGUAAAUGAAUUAGCUGAAAAAGCCAGUGACCCCCUCAUACUUGAGAAAUGCAAGGACAUAAAAUGGCAUUUCAUUGGGCAUUUGCAAACGAACAAGAUAAAUAAACUACUUGGAUCACCAAAUCUGUAUAUAGUAGAGACUGUCCACUCUGAAAAGUUGGCUGAUAAUUUAAAUAAGCAAUGGCCUAAAUAUAGGAAGGGUGAUGAGAAGUUACCAGUUAUGGUGCAGAUCAAUACAAGUGCUGAAGAAGCUAAAAAUGGAAUUGAGCCCUCGGAAACAACAAAAGUCGUAGAACAUGUAUUGAAGAACUGCCCUAAUCUAGAUUUUAAAGGGUUGAUGACCAUUGGCCAAUAUGACUAUGACAUGUCUCUAGGACCAAACCCAGACUUCCUGACUCUAUCAAAAUGUCGACAAGAAGUUUGUGAAAACUUAAAACUUGAUAUUAACAAAGUGGAAUUAUCUAUGGGAAUGUCCACAGACUAUGAACAUGCGAUUGAGCUUGGAGCUACAACAGUUCGUGUUGGAUCUGUGAUUUUUGGGGCCAGGCCAGCUAAAGCAAAUUAGUUCAAUGUAGACAAAAUAUUAUGAAAAACAAAAUGUCACCUCAUUAAUAUAAUUAUUUAUAAUUAUAAUAUCUUUAAGCUUAAGUUAAAAUUGUUACAUUAUAAUUAUUGGGCUGUUAUAAUUAGAAUAAUAAAGUAAAUGGGCUUCCAAGCAAUUUUAUUGUA